AUGAGCUGUGCUAUUUCUUAUUACCUUCUGUUUGUUUUUCCAGGCUGCAGACUCUUGGCUGUGGAACUGACAUCCAGCAACACCAAGCCCGUGGUGCAGGAAUUCCAGAGUGUUGAGCUGUCCUGCAUCAUUAAAUCCACUGUCACACCAGAUCCCAGAAUUGAGUGGAAGAAAAUCCGAGAUGGAGAAACCUCUUACGUGUUUUUUGACAACAAAAUGCAGGGAGACUUUGUGACCCGGGCAGAGAUUCUGAGCCGAACAUCCCUGGUGAUCAAGAACACCACGCGGAUGGACACGGCCACGUACCGCUGCGAAGUGGCAGCACCCUCUGAUACCAAAACCAUCGAUGAGAUAAACAUCCAGCUCACAGUCCAAGUGAAACCCAUGACUCCCAGAUGCAUUGUGCCUAAAGCUGUACCUGUUGGCAAGUCAGCCUCUCUUCACUGCCAUGAGAAUGAAGGUUUCCCAAAGUCUACUUACAGCUGGUACCGCAACAGCGAACCCUUAUCGCCCGACACGAGAUCCAAUGCCAAACCCCACAACUCCUCCUACACCCUGAACCCCACCACGGGCACUCUGGUCUUCCAUGCAGUGCACAAAGGUGACACAGGUCGUUACUCCUGCAUAGCAACAAAUGAUGCUGGCUUUGCCAAGUGUGAGGAGCAGGAGAUGGAAGUCUAUGACCUCAAUAUUGGGGGGAUAAUUGGGGGAGUCCUGGUGGUCCUAGCAGUUCUGGUGCUCAUCACUCUUGGGAUCUGCUGUGCCUACAGAAAAGGAUACUUUGCAAAUGGCAAAGAGAAUGGGGAAAGCUACAAGACUCCAGCAAAGCCUGAUGGCGUCAACUAUAUCCGGACAGAUGAUGAGGGUGACUUCAGACACAAGUCUUCGUUUGUCAUCUAAGAUGCCAAAAAAGAGGAUUGCAAACCAGCAAAAGUGUGAAAAAUACCUCCUCCAGGAACUCAAAGCAAGAGCAAGAGAUUCAUUAAGUGCGCUUGGAAGAGUUUGGAACACACAAGGACCUGAUAGCUAGCUAUCUAUAUAUCUUUUUUUUCUUUGCCAAAGUUUCAAGUAACUCCUCACUGCCCAACUCGCGUCUCCCCUGCCUCCGGAGAUACCAACAGGGUCACCUAAACCUGUCCUUGGACUAAGGAAGCAUUUUUAAUACUUCCCAAGAGACUGGGCUGUGGAAGUUUGUGGAAUUGCCUUCUAUUUGUGCUGCAGGGACACAGCCACAAUGUGCAAACCAACCAGGGGAACAGCAUUAGGGAAACGUGUCGUAGGCAUUACUAGCACGUGUUACUAGCAGACAAAAAAAAAAAAAAAAAAGGUGCUGAUACAGCAGUAGAUGGACUUCAAAAAGUGAGAUUUAUCCAUGCAAGGUUUUUCUCCUAGCAGUUCAUUGCCCAGGCCUGGCU